AUGGCGAGAUGUUCGUAUACGGCGGAACUACUGUCCGGAAUCGGCAGCAGGCUUGCAACUGACCGCGAAAUUUCCGGUCUAGAGGAUUUGGCCACGCCAUUCAGCAGUUUGGAUGAACUUAAAGAGGCGGCUGCGACCAGGUUGAAACUACAGCAGGACCAGGACAAAAGUAGGCAGGCGUCCGUGGAACCUACCUCGUCCGUGUCAGGUAAACCCACUACACCCGAGACCACGAUACCUAGCGCUGGCACUUCACAGACUCCCUCGGAUGUCCGUGAGACUGCACCAGUGCCCACGAGGAAAUGGGUGACAGUCCCUAUCCGUAGGGGUAAGAAGCUCCAACCCCGUACGAAGACACCUGCAACGCGUAAUACAGUGGCAUCAUCGUUUUACGCAGGUCUCGAUGAGUGGCCUGAAGACACAGACGUUAGUCUACCGACCGGAACACCCACUUUACCGGUCGAGGACACGGUAACCCCUCACGGCUGA